UGGCUCGCUUUUAUGAAAAAGCUGUUUUGUUACUAUUCUGAGCGCAUGACAAGUAUUUUGUUUUCAGUUCGGUUGAAGUUAUCGGCGGCCACGUAUAUCUCCCUUGCUCUGAGUUUGCAAAUAUGCUACCGGGUUGUACAUGUUUGUGUACCACGCUGGGAAAAUCAGUUCAGGGUCGCAAGCGUAUAAAACGUUAGUGUUAAUUGUAGUGUUUAUAGUAAUUUAGUGAACGAGCAGAAGGGACCGAGGCGCGCCGUGAAAAUGGUGUCCCUGGUCUGCACGCUGCAGGACCACCGCGACGACGUGAACUGGUGCGCCUUCUCCCUCGGCCUCCUGGCCACCUGCUCCACGGACAAGACGGUGCGCGUUUACUCGGCCGCCGACUUCUCCGAGCUGCCCUUCUCGCCGCUCGUCGGCCAUGGCUACGCCGUGCACUGCUGCUGCUUCAGCCCCUGCGGCCGCUUCCUGGCGUCCUGCUCCACGGACGCCACCACCAUAGUCUGGAGCAUGGACAGCGGCGACAUGGCCGCGGUGCUCGAGCAUCCCGGGCGCAGUCCCGUCAGGGUUUGCACUUUUGCCCCGGGCUCUUCGUACCUGGUGUCCGGCGCCUCGGACGGAACACUGGCGCUCUGGGACUUCCAGUCCAAGGCAAUACUCAAGACAGCAACUGUGGGCGAGACAGCUGUGGUGGCCUGCAGCUUCACUCCAUGUGGCCAGAUGUUGGCUACUGGGUCCACCUAUGGGGACCUCCGGCUGUGGGACCUGUAUCUCAACCAGCUCCAUGUAAUGAAGAAUGCCCAUGAUCUGGGGGUAGCCUGCUGCCAUUUUGCUCCUCAGAUCCAGAGUGAUGGCCAAUCUGUGCACUUUCUUUUGGGAUCCUGUGGACAGGACAGCCUGCUGAAGAUAUGGACCGUAUUGUGGCACAGGCCAGCAGGCUGUAAGCUGCGUCUCCUGCACACACUGGCGGGGCAGUCGGCACCGGUGCUGUCCUGCGCCUUUUCUGCUGAUGGGCAGCUACUUGUGUCGGGUUCGGUGGAUAAAACUGUGGCAGUUUAUGAUGCGCACCAAGGGCUCCUGCUCUACACUCUGAAGCAGCAUGAGAGGUACGUGACGGCCUGCGCCUUCUCGCCGAAGACGGCCCUGAUCGCCACCGGCUCCAUGGAUAAGACUGUGAACGUCUGGAGGCUGCUGGACGGGAGCAGUGAGCAUGGGAAUGAGGAAAAGGCCGUUCCUGGGAGGAGAUCCGGGGGCUGUGUGAAUCUGCUGGCGAGUGACUGGUCAGAAGACGACGUCUCAGCCUGGCUGUGUGAGGAGGGGCUGGAUGCGCUGGUCAGCACCUUUAAGGCCAACAAUAUCGACGGGGCCGAGCUCCUUGGCCUGACGAAGGAGACCCUGACCACGGAGCUCAAAGUCGAUUCUCUUGGCCUACGCAACAAGUUGUUGAGGAAGGUGGAGGAGCUGAAGAUGUCCAUGGUCUGUACAGGUGUCCCUGAUGAGUUUCUGUGUCCAAUCACCCGCGAGAUUAUGACGGAUCCUGUCAUAGCAGCAGAUGGGUUUUCCUAUGAGAAGGAUGCGAUUGAAGGUUGGAUCAGCAGCAGAAAUCGUUCCAGUCCCAUGACAAACUUGCCUCUGCAAACCACAGUGCUGACUCCAAACAGGACACUCAAGCUGGCCAUUGGUCGCUGGAAGGCCACUCAACUAUAGAUGCUGGUCUAAGUAGUUGCCUUUUCAGUUUCCUAACAGCCUUGAGGGAAUGUUGCAUCCAUCCAUGCAUGUUUUUGAACUGUGGCGUGGGAGGGACGGGCAGAAACCCCCCCCCAAACUCUAUUCUCUGAUGGAGCCAUAGGGCUAACUACUGCACCACUGUGGGAAGGUUGAAUGUGUAUAAAGAUUGUAAAUUGUUUAUGCUCAAUUACCUAAAGAUCUUAGAGACCAUGGGCUGCUUGUUUAUUGCACCAGGUAUAGACCUGGGAAUAAUUACAAAUUCUUUACUAGUAAACCUUCUGGGAUACUUAUCAGUUAUGCAAAUAAUCUGAAACUAAGUGUAGACAAGUUAGGAGACCCAUUUUCUGUGUUCACGUUCUGAAAGAUUACUUCAUUGCUGCAUUUUUGCUUUGAAAAUCAACUCAAUGAAAUCUAGCCCUACCAUUAAAUUUUUCCAUGUCACCCAA